ACUAUCAUAAUGAUUGAUAAACAAUAUACGUCAAAUGCCCGGAUGAACAGUGAAAACAGAUAUGUUAAGACUUCUUAUAGGUUACAAGGUUUUAAAUAAUAUGGUUAUGCAAAAGGAUUCCAAGCACAAUGUGGCGGCUUUUGAUGGAAUAUUGGCGACUGUUAUUUCUUGUUUUACAGAUACUAGUUUCAGGUUGCGUUGUCGAAUGUCAAUCUCCAGAUGUUAACAAGCCUGGAGUAUGUCCUGAAUCUGCAACACCAACUAGUGAGCUAUGUGUUAUUGAAUGUAAUAAAGACAGUGAAUGUCCUGGAGACAAUAAAUGUUGUCAAUUGUUGUCAUGUGGAUCGAUAUGUACGUCACCCAUAUUUGAAACAACAUCGUCAAAUAAAUCUGCGAGUAAGCCGACAUCUACUGAAUCUACAGAUUGUAAAAACGAAUGCGACACAAGUAGUCAAUGUGCAUCAAUGUCACUCUGCGUAAGACAAGGCUGUAAAAGAGUUUGUAAGUCAUUCAGCAGUAGGAAGGCAAAGUCAGUGCCUAAGAAACCUGUUGUAAAAUCAAUUUUAAGAAGAGUAAGAAACUGUACAGAUCAAUGUCUAAGAAAUAUUCACUGUGAAAAAGGUUUCGAAUGUGUUUCAAAAGGAUGUAGGAAUAUUUGUGAAAAGAUAAGCACUACCAAAACAAUUCAAGUUUCAAAUACUAAGUCUGCAACUGAAGACUGUAACGAUAGAUGUCUGAGUAAUAUUCAUUGCCCAUUCAAACACACUUGCAUUCAAGAUGGCUGCCGCAAAGUUUGUAGUAGUAAAACUGCACUAGUUCUAAACAAUACAAAAAAUAGAGAACAUCAACAUGCAAGUCAAUCAGUAUCGACAAAAGAAACCAAAAGUCGCUGUAUUCGCUCGUGUUUCAGAGAUGCAGACUGCCUUAGGGGAUCAAAAUGUUAUCAACAGGGAUGUAAUACAUUCUGUGGACAUCAAAGAACUAAUCCUUGGACUAACUCUGACGCAUCAAGGAGUACUUCAUCAGCAUUCAGGGAACAACCUUGGUUGAGUACUUCCUUGUCACUUGGUAUUCAGGAAAAGCCAAAGUCUGUGUCACUAUCUAAUGAUUGUCGUAUUGACUGUACGUAUGAUAGUGAUUGCAGUCGGGGAUUGUACUGUAGGCGACGUAGCUGUAAUCGUUUAUGCGAACCCGAUAAAGACGGACAACUUUCAAAGCAUACUAAUAUCCAUCAACCUAAGAACGUUAGACCCCAUAAUAACUGCCAGGAUGAAUGUAAUUCAGAUGCAGACUGCAAUUUUGGAUUCGUUUGUAGACAGUUAGGAUGUCGCAAAUAUUGCAGGCAAGACGACUCGAGCGCAAGAACUGCUAAACAGUUCAAAAUUAUCAAUACGGAUUCCAGCUUAAAACUUUGUCAAAAUCAGUGUAACAGUGAUUCUGAUUGUUCAUUUGCAAUGGCGUGUCUUAAAAAUGGAUGUAAAAAAGAAUGUGUUAUAACAACUACAACUACAUCGCUAAUUUGUGUAAAUGAAUGUUUAAGCGACGGAGACUGCGAAUUUGGGAAUAUUUGUGUCAAAACAGGUUGCAAAAACAUUUGCCGAAUUUCUCAACCAUCGCAAAAUGUACAAACAAGUCGCAUUACUGGAAACAAUAAUUGUAAUAUUGAGUGCGAUAGAAAUUCGGACUGUUCAUUAGGUCAAAACUGUAUACUAGACGGUUGCAGUAAGGUUUGCCGAGGUGAUGGUCGUAUUUUGAAUGAACAAAGAAACAGAGCUCCGUCUAAUUCUGAUUCGUGCAUAGACAUAUGCACGCGUGAUAGCGAUUGUAACCGAAAUUCUUUCUGCACGCGCAGAGGAUGCAGACAAGUAUGCAUUUCAAGGGAGAAUUUUAUGACCCUCAGUCAGUCUCCAGUGAUUCGUAAUGAUAACCUUAAUGUACACGGAAAUAGUCGAAGAGAACACAUCCAUGACAAUAUUCCUUCAGAAAUAUCAAACAUUUUGGAAACAAGGCAAACAGGAGUACAUUGCUUAAAUGAGUGUUUCCGUAAUUCCCAAUGUCCACGCCAUAGCACGUGUGUUCAAAACGGCUGCAGCAGAUCAUGCGAAGAUCAAACAUUAGGUCGAUUCAACUGAUGACACAAAAUGAAAUUAUGUCAAUUGCUAACAUUAUGAAAUGUUAUUGUUUAUUUAUUUAUUUGCUUAUUUGUAACUUAUAAACUGUAAUAUUACUUAAAUAAACAUGUUUUACUAU